AUAUUAAAAAAGUAGGUAAUUUAUGCAGCUCUCUAUGCUUUAGUUCUGAGUUUUUCUUAUUCUUUUUAUUUCUGUCUUUAAAUGGCAGUCAGCUAUGAGAAACCACACAACUGUGACAACCUUUAUUCUUCUUGGACUGACAGAUGAUCCACAGUUACAGGUGGUCAUUUUUCUUCUUCUUUUUUUCACCUAUAUGUUGAGUAUCACUGGGAAUCUAACCAUCAUCGCUCUCACCUUACUGGAUUCUCAUCUCAAGACACCCAUGUACUUCUUUCUCCGAAAUUUCUCAGUUUUAGAAAUAUCCUUUACAACCGUCUGCAUUCCCAAAUUUCUUAUUAGCAUGGCCACAGGGGAUAAGACUAUUUCUUACAACAAUUGUGCAGCACAGCUGUUUUUUACUAUUCUUUUGGGGGCAACAGAAUUUUUCCUCCUGGCCGCAAUGUCCUAUGACCGCUAUGUGGCCAUCUGCAAACCCCUCCAUUACAUGACUAUCAUGAGCGGCAGAAUCUGCCACGUGCUGAUCUUUGCUUCAUGGUUGGCUGGUAUCCUAAUAAUUUUUCCACCUCUUCUUAUGGGUCUUCAGCUUGAUUUCUGUGCAGCCAACACUGUAGAUCAUUUCUUCUGUGAUGUUUCUCCUAUAUUAGAGCUCUCUUGCACAGACAUAUAUAUAAUAGAAUUAAUGACACUUCUCUCAGCCAUUUUGACUCUCCUGGUUACACUGGUGUUAGUGGUUCUCUCCUACGCAAACAUCAUCAGGACUGUUUUGAAAAUACCGUCUUCACAACAGAGGAAGAAGGCGUUUUCUACUUGUUCUUCUCACAUGGUUGUUGUCUCCAUUUCUUAUGGCAGCUGCAUCUUCAUGUAUGUGAAACCCUCUGCAAAGGAAAGGGUGUCUUUAAAUAAAGGGAUAGCUCUGCUCAGUACUUCUGUUGCACCAAUGUUAAAUCCUUUCAUUUAUACAUUGAGAAACAAACAAGUAAAAGAUGCUUUUAAACACAUGGCUAAAAAGGUAGAAGUUUUCUCAAUGAAGUGAGUAACUUUAAUAAGAUUAAUAAGAUUAUGAGUAAAGUAACAAGAAGGGUGC